AUGGAGGAGACUCAACAUCGAAAUACCGCCAACAAAGAUCCAAAAGCUGUCACCUCUACCUCAGCAUCCCGAGAUCGGAAAAUCAGCGACGAAGAAUCAGCAAUUACAAAUUCUUCUCAGGAAGAUAACCUAGAUCAAAUUAACUCCGAUGAAAAUUUAACAGCCACAAAUUCUCAGAAAGAAACCCAACGACAAAACACCAACGAAAAUUUAACGAUCGCAACCUCCUCCCGAGAAGAAAUUCGACAAGAAACUACGAUCACGACGACUUCUUCUUCUUGGGGAGAAGCUCAAUGUCCAAACACUGACAGAGAAAAUUCGAAGGUCACGACGACUUCUUCUUCUUGGGGAGAAGCUCAAUGUCCAAGCACUGACAGAGAAAAUUCGAAGGUCACGACGACUUCUUCUUCUCAGGGAGAAGCUCAAUGUCCAAGCACUGACAGCGAAAGUUCGGUGGUCAUGGCGACUUCUUCUCCGGGAGAAGCUCAAUGUCAAAAUGUCAUCGAUGAGAAUUCAACGGCAACGACUCUUUCCCAAGGGUACCUUGACAAAAACCAUUCGAGUCCUUUGUAUAAUGUUCCGGUUGAAGUUUUCAUAAAAAUUUGCAAAGAUAUUCCUCCACGUCAACUUUACUACCUCUCAAAAUCAUGCAAAAAAUUCCACGCUUUGCUGAUUUCAACCGAUUUCGGCACCGAACAAAUUUGGAGGUCUUCGAGGAGAAAUUUCAUGCCAAAGUUGCCGGAACCACCGAGAACAUUUUGGGAGGGACAAUGGCUAUUUUUAAAUAUGAUUGACUUGGGAUGCCAAUUCUGCGGAUCCGGAGCUAUUGAGCCCAAGGGAAAUCUACCAUCCGAAGAACCCGUAAAAACUUAUUGGAUAUUUCGCGUGAUGUGCUGUAAAAGAGAACUACGAGUGGAGGAGGAAAAAAAAUUUUUGCUAAAAUUUCUCCCUUGCUUGGAAUUUAAUAAACGACCAAAUAUUUACUGGAAGUCAGACGUUGAGAGAGCCUACGAAGAGUUCCACAAUCUUCCCCGGGAAGAGCUCAAGGGAUGGAUCAGUGAUAAACUCAAAAAGGUUUAUGCGAAAAGGUGCACUGAAAGUUACUGUGAAGAUGCCUGUGUUAAAAAUAGCGAGAUCAGAAACCACAAAAUGAAGCGUUUCAGGAACGUGGCAAAUGUAUUGUCGAGCAAGGUACCCAAUGACGCGAGAAUGAAAAUUACCAAGGUGAUCUCGAAGAUAAAAGAGCUUCCAACUUACAAGAAAUAUUGGAAAAAUAUGAGCUCCGUGGUAUUGUUUAAUGACCACCAUUGGCAAAAAUUUGAAGAGAUCUUGUUGAAAGAAUGGAAUAAUAAUCGCAGAGACGCGAUUAAAGCAGUGAGAUUAUUCUCCAUAGUUUUAAAGAUAUACGACAAUUAUGCUCCGGGGUCAGCGCUUUUCAGCUACCUUUAUCAUUGUCCGACGUUCAGGGGCAAUUAUCCUCCACAAUUCAGUGAUCCCGACAUACCUUUGGACGAGAGUUUUGUUGAUAACGAGUUCAUACCAGAACUCAUUAUAGAAGCCUACGAAAUUGCCAACAAGUCCGAAAGACCUCCUCCGAUCAUCACCAUCGAAGGGGUCAAGAAAUUUGGGUAUAAGGACAGGUUGGUUAUCCAAUGUAAACUGUGCAAGAAUUCGAGUUCGCAGAACAACGGGUUGUAUACCAUCAAUGGUGUUCAGAAGCAUUUGAAGGCGGAGCACGAUUUCGAGGAAGACACAAAGGAGAUGGAAAAUUUCGUCGAGGUAGAUUGGGUGGAGGCUCAAAAAUCCUCCUCCGUUAUCAAAUCUUUAAGAUCCACCAUUGUCCAAUAUGAGAUCGAAAUUGAUAGUCUGAAAUCCUUGAACUCCGCUUUAAAGUCUCGCCUCGCAAAGCUCCAGGCUGACACGAGCGCCGACUACGAAGUCGAAUUGUUACGCGACGAGUGUUCAAAACUGAGGCUCGAUGUAUCAAAAUCCCUGCGAGAGAAAGAGGAACAAAUGAUCAAGAAUGAAAUCCUUCAGGAAGAGGUCUCAAGACUAAAAAACGAAAAUAAGAAUCUAAAGAAUGAAAAUUAUAGUCUUCAGGAUGAGAACUCCGAAAUAAAAAGCAGGAAUUUAAACUUGAAUUCUCGGUUGAACGAUAAAGAAUCAAGUUCUCGACUUGAUUACUUGGAAUUGAAAAGAGAACUGUCGGGAUUGAUGAAUGAGAAUUCCAGGAUGGCCAACAGGAAUCACGCACUUCAGGAAGAGGUUGCAAAGUUGAAGAGGGAUCACGAAGAGGUCCAGAAAGAAAGAGAUAAUCUGAUGAAAUUUAGCAAGUCUCGAGAAUUGACGGAAUUACUUGCCAGCAUAAAAAUAAAUGACGAUGGUCCGAAGACCUCUGAACUUGAGUUCGGUCACUCCCUUGUUACCCCUAUUUAUGACAACGUCUACCAGUAA